AUGGGACGCACCAGGAAACCGGAGAGCCAGCAGACCCCCAGGGCAGCACAGCCGGCAACUCCAUCGGGACCGAUGGACGGCUUUUUACAAACCCCGCCGGGACAGAGCCGCGAGGCGCACAGCUCCAAGAUGGCGCCCGUCUCCCCUGCCUCCUCCUGUUCGGAGCCGGAACAGCCUACACUGGCUGAUAUUGGGGCAGAAAUCAGGAGGCUGGCAGCCAACAUGGUCACUAAAUCAGACCUACAGUCCCUGACCACCACCCUCACGGCAUCCCUCACGUCCGCUGUCACUGCACUACGCACAGACAUGGAGGCACAGGAUGGCCGCAUCCAAGCCCUGGAAACCCAGGCCCAAGCCGCCCAACGCCAGGCCUCAGCCGCGGACACAGCCCUGACAAGGCAGGGCAACAUGCUACUAGCCCUGCGCAGACAGGUCGAGGACCUAGACAAUCGCAGUCGCCGCUCCAACAUCAGGGUAAGGGGGAUGCCGGAGGGAGAGGAGACGGAGAAUGUUGCGGAAUUACUGACCGCACUUUUCCGCCAGAUUCUGGGGAACCAGGCGCCACCAGACAUCCGCUUUGAGCGGGCACAUAGGGCCUUGAGACCCAGGAACAGGGAUGGGGACCCCCGAGACAUUAUCUGCUGCCUACACUCAUUUCCCCUCAAGGAACGCAUAAUGCAGCGGGCCAGGACCCGACCCACAUGGCGAUAUCAAGAGGCAGAGGUCUCCUUGUACAAUGACCUUUCCCCUACCACAUUAGAGGCUAGGCGUGCCCUCAGACCCAUCACUACAGCACUAAGGGAACGCAAUAUCCCAUACAAGUGGGGCUUCCCAUUCAGCAUCCAGGUGAGACAUCAUAACGAGUGGAUUGCGGCACGCUGGCCAGAAGAAAUACCGCGCUUUCUCCAAAGGUUAGAACUACCGUCCAUAGCAGUCCCGGACUGGAUACUGGAACCGCUUGACCGGGAACCCCGACCCCAGAGACAACCUCGGAAUCCGCGGAGAGGCCCCAGAGAGAACCGAACACCUGAUAUACCCCCACACCCGUCCAACCCAGAAGAAUAGCCGUACCCCGCUUGAUACCUACAUCAGCUCGACUACGAUCCUGAGACCUAAAUAUACGAGCUGA